UUGGCGAAGGCGGGGGGGGGGGCAGCGAGCGAGCUAGCUGUCAGGCGCCGAGCGGUGGGAGCCAGUCGGGCAGGCGGGGACAGCAGUGCGCGUGCGCGGGAGGGAGCCGGGGAACCGCCCCUUUCUUCUUUCUUGUGUCUCUUUUUGCCUUCAGACAGUGCAAGCACCGAGAUGGACCCUCACCGCUGGCUGCCCCUGGAGGCGAACCCGGAUUUUCUCAGGCAGCUGGGGAUACAUCCCAAUUGGCAAUUUGUCGAUGUGUACGGGAUGGAUCCGGAGCUUCUCAGCAUGGUGCCGAGGCCCGUUUGUGCUCUUCUGCUGCUAUUUCCAGUAACAGAAAAGUACGAGACCUUCCGAACAGAAGAGGAAGAGAGGAUAAAAUCUCAGGGACAAGAAGUUAAACCCUGCGUCUAUUUCAUGAAGCAAACCAUCAGCAACGCCUGUGGGACAAUUGGGCUUAUACAUGCCAUUGCAAACAACAGGGACAAAAUUAACUUCGAAGCGGAGUCAUCGUUAAAAAAGUUCCUGGAUGAUUCUGUCUCCAUGAGCCCUGAAGAGAGAGCCAAAUAUUUAGAAACCUAUGAAGCUAUUCGUGUUACUCAUGAGUCCAGUGCCCAUGAAGGUCAGACUGAGGCCCCUAGUAUAGAUGAAAAAGUAGAUCUCCACUUCAUUGCAUUAGUAAACGUUGGAGGCAACCUCUACGAAUUGGAUGGACGGAAGCCUUUCCCAAUCAAUCAUGGCCAGUCGAGCGAUGCCACGUUCUUAGAGGAUGCAAUAGAAGUAUGCAAGAAAUUCAUGGAGCGUGACCCAGAUGAAUUAAGAUUUAAUGCCAUCGCUCUGUCAGCAGCCUAAAUUAUUCUUAAGUGGUGGUGAAGAACCCUGUGUGUCUAAGUAUUGUCACAAUCAUGCUUUUGCCAUGGAUUACACUUUUGAUACCUCCCAAGUAACAACGUUGAUACAGAUUAAAAAAUUCUGAUUUGUCCUA